AUGGCAGAAGAUGAUGUUCAAACCCAGGCCGCUCUAGCUAUUCCUCCAGUGGUAGCAGCGCUACGGGGGGCAGCUGGUCGUGAUGGGGCUGACAGGACGCACAUGGAAAGGACGAUCAGUAUGGAUAUUAGGGAAGAGAGGGAGGACCUGAAGAGGGCCGCGGAGCAGUCGACUAAUGCCAUUCUGGAGCUUGGGUUGGAUCAUAGUGUAAAGUGGGUCAGUCCUUCGUGGCAGGAUUUGACUGGUAUGCCGGCACAGGAUGUGAUUGGCAAGCCGAUCGCGGAGUUAUUGGCUGAGAAUACUGGUGUGUUUGCCGAUUGCAUUGAGGCAAUCAGGAAAGACGACUCGAAAAGCAGGAUUUUGAGAUUUGCUGUGAAGGCUCCUGAAUCUCGAGUGAGUGGAGAUGCUGCUUCCGCAGAUGAGAAGACACCCGUCGAGCCGAAGGAGAUGCAUUAUGGGCCGGAUCCAAAUACAGCAGAAGCAAGCAGCUUAGGUACUACAAGUCCUACUGAGAUGGAGGACGUCACCCAAGCUAUGUCCAAUGUAGAGAUUGGUCCUUCGAUCACGCAAGCAGAGGAGUCGGCCGAGAGUCAAGAAGUCAUCGAGCUCGAGGCCCAGGGUAUCAUGGUGUAUGACCGGACGACUGGCGAAGAAAGCCACACGAUGUGGAUGAUCAAGCCUGCAGUCUCUCGUGAGAUCACCAUUGAUCUGCCAGAUGUGCUUGUUGAGUCGCUCGGCAUCGGUGCGGAGAUGCUCGCCAACUACCUUACCCUACUCGCGGAGGUGGGUGCUCAAGAUCCCGAGAACCAUCCGCCUCCACUGCCUGUGCUUUGCCGUAUUUGCGAGCGCCAAAUCACGCCAUGGUGGUUCGAGAAACAUACCGAGCUGUGCUCGCAGGAGCACAGAGCUGAGAUGGAAGUGCAGCUGGCUCAAGAGUCGUUGCAGGAGCAGCGAUCUGCAUUGGUCAAGGUGCUCGAUGCGCUAGAAGCACAUGCCAGACUAUCUAAGAGCCCCCCAACAGACUCCGGCUCACCCAUACCUGCUCCACGAGCGGAGUACAAGGGCCUGCCGAUCGGGCCAUCUUCUCUACCAACCUCAAAUCCAUCAUCUGGUCGUUCCUCGCCAGCCAUGCCGCCUACUCGAUCUCGAGACUCAUCAUCGAGUGGACUCAGCCAUCACCGUGCUCGCUCAUUCGCAGUGAGACGUCCUUUGGCACGUAUCGUGGAGCUUGUGCUUGAUCUCUGUGAUACCACUAUGGAGAUCAGCACGCCAUCGAUCAAGGACUCGAAAUCCUAUGCACCUGGCGAGAUGCGGACACAGUCGCCGCAAUCUGAAGGGCGCAUACAGCAAGUCUUGCAAUGGCAAUCACCGAGUGCUAGUACGCUUGAGAACGAGCAAGGUCUCGCUUUGUUGUGUGAUGAGACUUCACAGCUUGCACGCACGAAAGUUGAGGCUGUCUUCCGCCACAGAAGAAUAUUGGAGUACUCUGAGCGGAUCCGUAUGGAAUAUGAGAUACUUGUGCAAGAAUGCAUCGAUGCGGCCAUGCAGAAGGCUGCACGUAUAGCGGCUGGUGAUCUCAGCGACGACUCGAGUGAGGACUCGUCCAAGUAUGAAUCGGCUGAUCAGGAGCCGCGUUCAGCUUUGGACGAGCCUGGCAGAGAAGCCGUGGUACAGUCGCAGGUAGAGGAGGUCGUCAGCGUCGCUCCACAACGUGCGACUGGCAGUCCAUCGUCAAUGGCCAUGGCGUUGAGGAAAACGUCUGACUUUUCACUGGAUCGUCGGACAUCAUCUGCUGGGUCCUCUCGCGCAAGCAGUCCAAGGGGCGCCAGAACACCAAAGUCGUAUAGUGGGCCAACGGAACCUUUCUUGUUCCACAAGCGAGGCUCGAUAGCCUUCGAGAGUGACACUGGUGCAGACAGCGAUAGCAGCAUGCGCUCCUCAGUACACUCUGCUGCUGGACAUGGACGAGCUGAUUCGCCAGGUGCGGAGCUGUCCUUGAGUCGCGUGGCCAGCACACGGUCUCGUGAACGUAAGCGUCAGAGUCUUGUCCUCCCUAGCUUGGCCAACUUACCGCGUCAUCAAUCGCCAGGCAGAGGACCAGCCCCACCGCACUCGCCGUUGCGCAUGGCGAAGCCAAGAAUCCCGAGUGGUGCGAUGGACAGCUUACCAUCCCCGAUCACAUCGCCCGUGCUCUCUACCAGCGAGUUCGCAUCUCCAGUGUUGCGAGCACAACACCAGCAUCACCACCGUCGCCAGUCUUCUAACGCCUUGGCUGAUGCUCUCGGGCGGCCGUCCUCACCUCGACUCAGCGCUGUAGUGAGCAACCCACAGCCGCGUGCAGUACAAACGUCUAUCAAAGACUUUGAGAUUAUCAAGCCGAUCAGUAAAGGCGCAUUCGGGAGCGUCUACCUCUCCAAGAAGAAGUCGACGGGCGACUACUAUGCUAUUAAAGUGCUUAAGAAGGCAGACAUGAUUGCCAAGAAUCAGGUCACGAAUGUCAAAGCUGAACGAGCCAUCAUGAUGUGGCAAGGCGAAAGCGACUAUGUGGCCAAGCUCUACUGGACAUUCUCAAGCAAAGACUACCUUUAUCUUGUAAUGGAGUACUUGAACGGUGGCGACUGCGCGUCUCUUGUCAAGAGUCUUGGUGGACUCCCCGAGGACUGGACAAAAAAGUACGUUGGCGAGAUACUGCUGUGCGUUCAGCAUCUCCACAGUCGGCAGAUUGUGCAUCGUGACCUGAAGCCUGAUAACCUGCUCAUUGAUGUCAAGGGUCAUUUGAAGCUUACUGACUUUGGUCUAUCGCGGAUGGGUCUUAUUGGACGUCAGAAACGAGCUAUCAAUGCUAAGCCUGAUGAUACGCCGCCGGACCUCCUCAAAGCUGGACCUUUUCGCAGACCGCCUUCCGUAGCAUCCUCCAGAUCAACGUCUUUUGACUUUCAGGGUAACAGCCACUCACCCGCGCAGACUCCUUCUAUGACGCCGGCUUAUAUUGGAGAUCUUCAGCAGCCUUCAUACUUCAGCUUGAAUCGAGAAACAUCACGCGAGCCAUCGCGACGCACGUCUGGACAUCGAAGCAAUAGCGGAGACAGUGAAGCGCUCGAGUCAAUGUUUCGUAGAUUCUCUGUUGCGGAUCACAGCCGUACGCCCAUUGAAGAAGAGACGGCUAGUGAAGGAGCUGAGUCGCCAGAUCCGUAUGUUUUACAGCCGGUGCAGAGCAAUGGCAGCCAGCCGAAGACAGGUACGCCGCCACAACAGGGCAUGAUCACUAUGCCACCGCCGAUCAUGUCCCUCUUCGAUCCUUCGGACAGCGAUAGGCGCUUCGUUGGCACUCCGGACUAUCUUGCGCCUGAGACCAUAAAGGGCGGUGGCCAGGAUGAGUUAAGUGAUUGGUGGUCCCUGGGCUGUAUUUUGUUCGAGUUUCUGUAUGGCUGCCCGCCCUUCAAUGCCGACACGCCUGAGGAGGUUUUCCAGAAUAUUCUGGAUCGAAACAUUCACUGGCCUGACGAUGACGACGACUACUAUGCUUCUCCAGACGCCAGAGAUCUGAUGAACAAGCUCAUGUGCACCGACCCUGCUUCACGUCUCGGAGCCAACCAAGAUGAUAAGUACCCAAAUGGUGGCGAAGAGAUCAAAGCUCAUCCUUGGUUUGUUGACAUUAAUUGGGAUACCCUUCGCGAGGAUGAUGCAUCGUUCGUGCCUGUCAGCGAAAAUCCCGAAGACACAGAGUACUUCGAUGCUCGUGGAGCUACGAUGCAGAAUUUCCAGCACGAAUUUCUGGACGAGCAGUCGUCGCCUGCACAGACACCGGGCGCAGACUAUCCUGAUCGACCGCAUGAUGCACUGUCCCGUGUUAGAAGCCAAGUCAAUGCUGUCAAGCGAAACCUCAUGCCUCUGCAUAUACCUCCUCAUGUCCGCGAUGCACGGUCGCGACGCUUGAGUGAGCCGGUUGUGGCGGACGACUUUGGUAAUUUUCAGUUCAAGAACCUACCAGUGCUCGAGAAGGCGAACAAGGACGUCAUUCAGAAGCUGAGAGCAGAUGCUAUGCAGGCUCAGACGAAAAGUGGUAUUGCUCAAGGAUCGUCCUCUCCCGCCGUCACAUCACCGCCUCCAGCGCCAUCGUUGGAGGCGAGCCCUGUGCUGCCGAUGCCGUUGAAGAGAACACUCUCUGCCAAUAGAGGCCAUAAUCGCUCACAGUCGCCUUCUCUGCUCAGUCACCAAAGCUCAUCGCCUAGCCGAGGUUCGCAGCCUUCUUCACCACUCCUAGUCCACUUCAGCGCGCAGAAUCAUGAAAGACGCAAGACCUCCAGUGGCUCCUCGAGCUUGUCCCAACAGACCAGCAACACGUCUCUACAACCUGGCAACUUCUUCGAGGCUACCCCGCGCUUGUCCUUCAAGGCUCAUAGUAAUGCGCCUUCGCCGGUCAAGGUCAUGAAGCCUGGUUCUGUGUCUCUGCCGUUGCCCAAUAGCGAGCUAGUAAUCGAGCAAGGACAAUCGCAGAGCGCUGUCUCCUCGCCACGUCAGCGAUCACAUACUGUUGGCUCGCAAGAUGGUGAUCUUGUGCCAGAGCUCAUGCCCGUGCGACACAAGCGACGUAGUGGGAUCAUGGACAUCUCACCAUCUUCAUCCGAUAACGAGGACACUCGGCAGAAAGCGUUGCUUCGAGUGCAGAGAAGGCGUGCAAGCUCGCGAAGGCUUUCGCAAGUCAGUCUCGCGGACGGCCCAAGCUUCCGCACUCUGGACGUCUUGAUUUGCGAAGAUCAUCCCGUGUCCCGACUCGUGAUGGAACGGCUACUGGAGAAGCUGCGGUGCCGUGCAAUCGUUGUCAAUAACGGUACCGAGGCAAUGCGGUACGCUAUGAGCAAUGUCAAGUUUGAUAUCAUCAUGAUGGAGUACAAGCUGCCGCAUCUGAAUGGAGCUGACGUCGCACGCAUGAUCCGUGACACCAAGAAUGCCAAUUCGCAUACCCCGAUAGUUUGUGUUACUGGCUAUCUAAAGGAGCUACAAGGCACACAUCACUUCGAUGCCUUGCUCGAGAAGCCACCUACCAAAGAGAAGUUGGAAAAUGUCAUGAGCCAGCUCUGUCAAUGGAAACCUGCUUCGGAAAGCUACAAGGGUACUGCAGAGCCUAUCACAGUGCCUUCCAGAGACAUCGAGCAGCCACCAGCUGACAAUAGCCCAACUACCACUUCCUCUACUGGCAUGAGCCAUACCAACACGGGCAGCACCUGGCGAAGCAUGAGCGUGAACAGUAGAGAAGACUCCGUAAGCUCUCUGGGUGACACAGACAGCCAGACUGGCAGUAUGUCAAUCAUGAUAAACAACAGGCAGUCAUCAUUGUCAGAGGCUUUGGCGCGCAACUUCGACGAGCCCGGUGGGCUUGGCAUCACGAAACGUCUCACAAGUCCCGAGAUGGACUCUACCAGCCCUCCGCGAUCCAUGCCGACACUGCAACACGAGACUUCAGCGCCUGCUCGGCUUACGACGCCCGCUGAGCCUAGUCUACGCAAACAGCCUUCUCAGGAAGCUAUCCAGGCCAAGCGACGCUCCUUUGAGAAAGGACGACAGGAAUCUGCUGCAGAGUCUGGUGAUGACGAGGACGAAGAGCUGGGCAACAUCACAGUGCAGCGCCAACGCUCACCGAAACGCACUUCUACAAAACGUACUUCCAAGCUCGGCACGGAGAUGAUGCGCACGAACAGCCAAGGCAGCGUCGUCUCCGUCGAGGAUGUCCUAGCCGUGCAGAAAGAAUCUAAGAACUUUUCUGACGAGCUGCCCGCCGCUUUCUCAAUCGCCGAGGAACCUGCGGCGGAAGUAGAAGCAAGCGGGCGGUUGACACCACCUGAGCUGUUCUCGCCCAAAACCGUCGGACAUCACACAGAACUCAUUGACAUGGAUGCUGCCACCCUACCUGGCCCCGCUGAAGUCGACGAUCGGGACGUCACACCGAGGCCGAGUGUGCCAAGUCAUGCUUCUGAGAUCGACCCGGAUCCUACGCCUAGGGCUUCCACAUCGCCUUUACACCACGACUAG